AAAUAUUGAUGACACAUUUCUCUUGUUUAAGGAAGAACGGAUGAGGAUUUCACAACGGAGCUUUACUGGUCCUGCUUCAGAUUUUUCUUGGGUUCAUUGGUUUAGAAAUUCACCAAGCUGACAACAAGAGCAUUCUAAAACUGUUGUACCAACUUAUUCUCGGAUAUAAUAAAGUGGAACAGAGGAAAGGAGGAAGAAAAUAAAAUAUCAGAUUACUUUUUCUUGCAUCAAGAAAUACAUAAGAAUCCGAUGCCACCGACCAUUUUAAUGUAACAAAUCAGAGUAAGCCACGACAGAACAACCUCUGGCAAUCUGUAAUUCCCUGCUGACAUCACUGUUGCAAAUCAAGAAGAAAACAUGGCUGGAGCAUUGGUGGGUGGAGCUUUUCUCUCUGCUGCUCUUCAGGUGCUGUUUGAUAGGCUGGCUCACCGUGAGAUCCUGGACUAUCUUCGAAGAAAGAAAUUCAACCAAGAGCUGCACAAGAAGUUGAAGAUGAUGUUAGUAUCUGUUAAUGCAGUGGUAAAUGACGCAGAGGAGAAGCAAAUGACAAACCCGGCGGUGAAGGAAUGGCUGGACGAGCUUGAAGAUGCUGCUUAUCGUGCAGACGAUCUGUUGGAUGAGAUUGCAGCUGAUGCUCUGCUGAACAAGUUGGAAGCUGAAUCAACAACUAGCACAAGUCGUCAGGUGAGAAAAAUGGCCAACCUCUUUUCUGACAAUUCCCAUGUUUCUGAUAUCGAGAACAGGAUGAAGGAGAUCCUUGAUCAGCUAGAGUUUAUUGCAAAACAGAAGGAUCUCCUAGGUCUCAAAGUCAAAGAGGGUACUGUUGGUGAGAAACCAAUACCAAGAUCACAAACGACAUCUUUGGUAGAUGAAUCUGAGGUCUUUGGUAGAGACGGGGAUAAGAAUGCUAUAAUCAAAUUGUUGCUAUCAGAUGAUGAUCACGAGGGUGGCAAAAAGGUGUCUGUGAUUCCAAUAGUAGGCCUGGGAGGGAUUGGUAAAACCACUCUUGCUAAAUUAGUGUACAAUGAUGACAAAGUUGAGAAGCACUUUAUGCUAAAGUCAUGGGUUUGUGUUUCUGAGGAGUUUAAUAUUUGCAAGGUAACAAAAACAAUCCUUGCUAAAUUAAUUCCAACAGGUUCUAAUGAUGAUAGCACAGACUUGGAUUCCCUUCAAACGAGGCUAAAAAAGGAGCUGGCAGGAAAGAAAUUCUUGAUUGUUUUAGAUGACAUUUGGAAUGAGAAUUACAAUGAUUGGAAGGAACUGAGCUUGCCCUUUAACCACGGGGCUCAAGGAAGCAAGAUUAUUGUAACUACACGCAAUAAAAAAGUUGCAGACAUCAUGAGCACUGUUCCAGCUCCUUAUCAUCCUGAGCUCUUAGAAGAUGAAGAUUGUUGGAAGCUGUUUGCAAAGCAUGCAUUUCACAAUAUUAGAGACUCCAGUGCACAUCAAGUCCUGGAAAUAUUUGGUAAAGAAAUUGUCAAGAAAUGCAACGGACUGCCCUUAGCUGCAAAAACACUUGGAGGCCUCUUGCGCUCAAAAGAAGAUGUCAGGGAAUGGGAAAAAAUAUUGAAGAGUGAGAUUUGGGAUUUCCCCGAUAGCGAGAGCAAAAUUCUACCAGUUUUGAUGCUAAGUUACCACUACCUUCCUUCACACCUAAAGCGGUGCUUUGCUUUCUGUUCAAUAUUCCCAAAGGAUUAUGAGUUCAAAAGGCAUGAAUUGACCUUAUUGUGGAUGGCAGAAAACCUUUUGCAGAAAUCAGAAAAUAAGAGAAUGGAAGAUGUUGGUGAGGAAUAUUUUAGUGAGUUGGUGUCCAGGUCAUUUUUUCAAAGGUCAACUGCAAAAAAUUCUGGUUUUGUCAUGCACGAUCUUGUUCAUGAUUUAGCCAGAUAUGUGUCAAGGGGAUAUUGUUUUACAUUAGGUUAUAUCAACUCAAAGGAAGUUGUGAUAACAAAGGUGCGUCAUUUAUGUGUAGUAAAUGAUAUUUUCCUUGAGAGAUCAGAAUUUGAAAUCCAUUUGCUAGAAUCUAUUUUCCAAGCAAGCCAUUUGCGCACCCUUUUAGAUCUACAUCAUGGUUUUCGAGUCACUCGCUUAUCAAAUGCAUUAUUGAAUGGUGUAGUCUUGAAGUUGAAGAGGUUGAGAGUACUAAGCUUCCAUUCAUGUUAUAAUUUGGUGGAAUUAUCUGAAUCAAUUGGUGAACUAAAGCAUCUUCGUUAUCUUGACCUCUCUUCGACUUGGAUUAUAAGAUUACCCGAAUCUAUAUGUAUGUUGUACAACUUAGAGGUGUUAAAUGUAUCAGAUUGUGAUGUGCUCACCGAGUUGCCUAAAGAUAUGCAUCAUCUGGUUAGCUUGCGGCAUCUUGAUAUCAGUUAUACCAAUAUAGUAGAGCCAGUAGAUAUAUCUAAGUUGAAAAGUCUUCAGACACUGAGUACAUUCAUCGUGGGAAAAGAAAAUGGGACCAAGAUAGUAGAGGUGGGGGAGCUUUCAAAUCUUCAUGGUAGAUUUGAAAUUAAGAAUUUACAGUAUGUUGCAACUGCCAAGGAUGCAUUAGAAGCCAAGUUGAUGGAGAAGAAGUAUCUGGAAGAGUUGGUGUUGUAUUGGAAUGGUGAUACUGAUGAUUCAAAACAUGAAAAAGAUGUACUUGAUAAGCUAUUUCCCCAUACAAGCUUGAAGAGGCUUUCUAUCAAGGGAUAUGGAGGUACGGCAUUUCCAAAUUGGUUAGGAUAUGGUUCAGUGCUGUGCAACAUUUUAGUUUUGAACCUUUCUGAUUGUAAAUUUUGCACUUGUUUGCCACCGAUUGGACAACUACCCUCCCUUAAAAAUCUUGAGAUAGAAGGACUUGAAGGAGUAAUGAGUGUGGGUGCUGAGUUUUAUUAUGGAAUGAAGAAUAAUGGUUCUUGUAUGAGAAAGGCCUUUGCAUCGUUAGAAUUCUUGAGCUUUGUUAAGAUGUCAAACUGGGAAGAAUGGUGUAUAGUUGACGCUGAAGAUGUUGAAGUUUUCCCAAGGCUGCAACGACUCAAAAUAAGAGAUUGUGAUAGGCUAGUUAGGAUUGAAUUGUCUCACAACUUUCCAUCUUUAACAGAGCUAAUAAUUGAUGGAGAUGAGGUUGUUGUUUCAUCACUCCCAAGGACUCCAGUUCUCCGUGAGUUGAAGUUAGGUUGUUGUGAGAAACUAAAGCUACAGGAUCUGGUCCUACCACAAACACUGAAAAGUAUUGCAAUAGGAAAACGUUAUUUGAGAGAUGACAUAAAUUCGAUAGAAAUCCAGAAUUGUGAGAAAGUAGAAUUCCCAUUGCACCACUCACUCAGGUCAUCCAUUGAAAUAGUUGAGAUAAGGAAUAGUUGUGGUUCACUUGAAUGCUUCCCUCUGGAUUUCUUUCCCAAUCUCAGGAAACUUAUAAUUGAAGGGUGUAAAAAUCUAGAAUCACUGACGAUCACAAAGUCGUCGGAUGACAUGAUCCCUCUGUCAGAACUGCGGAUAUAUGAGUGUCCCAAUUUUAUAAGUUUUCCUUGUAAUGGCAGAUUGCACGCCCCCAAUCUGACUCAUCUCUCAAUAAGAGGUUGCCAGAAAUUAAAGAAGCUGCCAGAGCAAAUGAGUAACCUCCUCCCAUCUUUGAACUCCUUGGAGAUCUCUAAUUGUCCAGAGGUGGAGUCAUUUCCUGAAGGCGGUCUACCAUUUAACCUGGCUCAACUUACAGUUGGAGGCUGCGAGAAAUUGAAGGCGCUGCCAGAACAAAUGUGUAACCUCCUUCCCUCUUUGAAUUCGUUGGAGAUCUUUGAUUGUCCAGAGGUGGAGGAGUCAUUUGCUGAAGUCGACCUACCCCCCAAUCUGACUCAACUUACAGUUGGAGGUUGCAAGAGAUUAAAGGCACUGCCAGAGCAAAUGUUUAACCUCCUUUCUUGUUUAAAAGAAUUGCAAAUGGGAGAUUGUCCGGAGGUGGAGUCAUUUCCUGAAGUCGAUCUACCCUCUAAUCUCACUCAACUUAAAGUUAGUGGCUGCAAGAAAUUGAAGGUGCUGCCAAAACAAAUGGGUAACCACCUCCCCUCUUUGAACUUCUUGGAGAUCUCUGAUUGUCCAGAGGUGGAGUCAUUUCCUGAAGGCGGUCUACCUCUGAAUCUGCAUCGACUUUGGGUAUUCAACUGCUCUAAACUGUUUGCACAGCCAAUGAAGUGGAAUUUGCAAACUCUCCCGGCUCUCACAUACUUUGAAAUCGAAGAUAAAGGUGGAAUCAUUUCGGAAUCAUUUCCGGAGGAGGGGUUGUUGCCUUCCACUCUUACCACUCUUAACAUCAUUGGACUUGGAAGCCUUAAAAGGCUGGGGGAAGGUCUUCAACAACUCACAUCUCUCAAAAUAUUGGUCAUCCAGCAUUGCCCUCAAUUGCAAGAGUUGCCACAACAAGGCUUGCCUACCUCUCUUGAAACUUUAAUGAUCCAUAAAUGCCCUCAAUUGCAAAAGUUGCCUCAACAAGGCUUGCCUAUCUCUCUUAAUGCUUUAUAUAUCUAUGAAUGUCCUAUACUGGAAGAACGGUGCCAGUGGCAGCAAGGCCUGCACUGGAACAAAAUUUCUCACAUCCCCACCAUUGAAAUCCAUGAAAUCAUACCACCGUUUACAGGAUCAAUCCAUGCAUUUGCCUUGGGGAUAUCAAGGUUUGGAUGAGGAUUCAACAAAUGAGCUUUUCUGGUCUUGCUUCCAAUUUUUCUUGGCUUCAUGGCUUUAGAGAUCCUGCAAGAUGGCAACGAAUGCAAAUAAAUUUCUCUCAUUUUCAGUUAUUUUAUUUGUUUUAGGAUAUUUAAUAUUUGUUUGUGCUUGCUAGCUGCAUCAAUACCAUGUAUUUCUACAUUUUACUUCUGAGUUGUAUGGACAAAUAUUUUCUACAUUUACAUAUUUCAUGGAUUUUGGUGGCUUGAAGAUUUUAA